AUGAAGUACCGCGGUGUUGUCUAUGAUGUCGGCCUCAAUUUCACUGGCCAAGGACUCUCUGUUGAACCGUUCGACCCCGCCCUGGUUGACUGCGACAUGCGGACCAUCGCCACUGAACUACAUGCCAACGCUGUGCGCAUCGAGGGAGAGGAUAUCCAGCGGCUGGAGACCGCAGCCCGAUCAGCCAAUUCCCACGGCCUGAAAGUCUUUUUCAAUCCGUGGAAGAUGAAUGCGGGUACUGACGACACGCGUCUUUACUUUGCCGAGACUGCAAAGACGGCCGAAAGGCUGCGGAAUGAAGGCAUUGACCUGGUCUUUAUUGUCGGUUGCGAGUACUCGAUUUUCAGCAAGGGAGUGUUUCCCGGCGAGUCAUUCGAGGAGCGUGCGAUGUUUCUCGGUUCGCAGUUCCCUGGUGGCCAUAUGACGGAGGAUAUACCGCCGGCUUUACGUGAGAAGUCUGUGGCACUCAAUCAGGUCUUGCAGUCUUUCGUCGAGGUUAUUCGAGCCCAGUUCGGGGGUCCAGUCACGUACUCGGCUGGCUCCUGGGAAUUAGUGAACUGGGACAUGUUCGACAUUGUUGGCAUAGACUACUAUCGGCGAGGCGAAUCCGCAGAGAAGUAUGUCUCGGGUCUUGACCGUUAUAGACUGGACAAGCCCCUCGCUGUGCUGGAAGUCGGCUGCUGCGCCUACGAGGGAGCAGCCAGUCGAGGGGAUGGUGGCUUUAUACUGCUAAAAGGCACAAACCCAGACGGCACCGGCAUUUUCGAAGACGAUAUUGUCCCGACACGGAGCGAGAAGGAACAGGCUGACUAUGUAGGGACACAGCUCAGUCUUCUCGCCAACGCGGAUGUUGACGCGGUAUUCAUUUAUGUGUUUUCAUUCCCGCGUAUGCGGAUCGGAGAUGGAGCCAGAGACUUUGACAUGAUGUGUUUCUCGCUGGUCAAAUACUUUCCGGAGCAGGACCCAAAGACAAGGGUCAUGCCACCAUGGGCACCCAAGGAGUCUUUCCACCGGGUUGCCGACUUCUUCCACUCGUUACAGCUGCAGGAUAAUAACACAGAAUAA